GUGGCUCCUCCAAAUACGAAAAUGGCCAAGAGAAUUGCAGUUGGUAUUGAUCUGGGAACUACGUACUCAUGCGUGAGUGUGUUCCAGCAUGGAAAGAUUGAAAUCAUCGCCAACGACCAGGGCAACAGAACCACGCCUUCCUAUGUGGCAUUCACCGACACAGAACGCCUCAUUGGUGAUGCGGCAAAGAUUCAAUUGGCUAUGAAUCCAGACAACACAGUUUUUGAUGCAAAGAGACUAAUUGGUAGGAAGUUUGAUGACCACAAUGUCCAGGAUGAUAUGAAACAUUGGCCAUUCGACGUCAUCAAUGAUAACACAAAGCCAAAGAUUCAAGUAAAUUACAAAGGGGACGUUAAGACUUUCUACCCAGAAGAAAUUUCCUCAAUGGUGCUAAUCAAAAUGAAGGAAACUGCUGAAGCAUACUUGGGAACUACAGUGAAGGAUGCAGUUGUAACCGUGCCAGCGUACUUCAAUGAUUCUCAGCGCCAGGCUACCAAGGACGCUGGAACCAUCUCUGGUCUCAAUGUGCUGCGUAUCAUUAAUGAACCCACCGCCGCUGCCAUCGCUUAUGGUCUCGACAAGAAAGUUGGUGGUGAGCGCAAUGUACUCAUUUUCGAUCUUGGCGGUGGUACUUUUGAUGUGUCCAUCUUGACCAUCGAGGAUGGCAUCUUCGAAGUAAAGUCGACUGCUGGUGACACUCAUUUGGGUGGUGAAGACUUUGACAACCGUAUGGUAAACCACUUCAUUCAAGAGUUCAAGCGCAAGUACAAGAAAGAUCCAACUGAAAACAAACGUGCCCUUGUCCGUCUCAGAUUUGCCUGUGACCGUGCAAAGCAUGCUUUAUCCUCUUCAGUUCAGGCCAGUAUAGCAAUAGACUCUUUCUUUGAUGGAAUGGACUUCUAUUCAUCAAUUACUCGUGCUCGUUUCGAAGAGUUGUGUGCGGACUUGUUUCUUCUUACUUUAGAGAUAGUUGAAAAAGCUCUUCAUGAUGCAAAAAUGGACAAAGCCCAAAUUGAUGAUAUAGUUCUUGUGGGAGGUUCUACUCGCAUCCCAAAGAUCCAAAAGCUUUUGCAAGAGUUCUUCAAUGGAAAGGAACUGAACAAGUCUAUCCAUCCUGAUGAAGCUGUAGCGUAUGGUGCAGCUGUUCUGGCUGAUAAUCUGUGUGGUGACAUGUCUGAAGCUGUGAACAGUUUGAUCCUACAUGACGUAACUCCCCUCUCUCUGGGUAUAGAGACAAUUGGAGGAGUAUUUUCAGUUAUAAUUCAUCGCAACACAACCAUCCCAACAAAGCAGACAGAGACUUUCAUCACUAGUGUAGAUAAUCAGACAGAAAUCCCCAUAAAAGUUUACCAGGGGGAGCGAGCAAUGACAAACGAUAACCAACUUCUAGGGGAGACUACAAUAACUGGCGUCCCUCCAGCACCUCGAGGAGAACAAAAUUUUGAUGUUACCUUUGAUAUUGAUGCCAACAGCAUCCUGAACGUGUGUAUUGUGCAGACGACCACUGGCAAGUUGGACACGCUCACUAUUACCAAUGAUAAGGGUUGCCUAACCAAGGAGGAAAUUGAACACAUGGUUCAAGAAGCAGAAAAGUUCAAGGUUGAAGAUCAGAAGCAAAGGGAUCGUAUUUCUGCCAAGAACUCCCUCGAGAACUACUGUUAUAAUAUCAAGUCAACUGUGAAACAACCGGACAUCAAGAACAAAGUUUCUGAGGAGGUCCUUAACAAAGUCGUGGACGCUUGCAAUAAAACAAUAAAGUGGCUGGACGAAAAUCAACUUGCCGAGAAGGAAGAAUUCGAUCACAAAAAACAAGAAAUAGAACAGAUUUGGAGCUCAAUAUAGAGUAGGGAGCGAGGUAGACGAUGGAUACUGAGAACUACAAUAUAUUUUUUUCUGAAUUGAGGGCCACCAUGAUUGUGAUGGAGACAUAAAGAGAGCAGCUUGUCAAAGGUCCCCCAUUGUCCCCUGGGAAUUUUGUUUCAAUUGAAUUUUGAAUUGAAGUCAUUUGAAUAUCAGUUAUCGAAAUUAUGUAAUGGUCACAUUUGUGAUAACAAAACAGUAAACCCGAAUGUUCUGGAUGGCCGUUCAUGUAGUGUCAUGGAUGAAGAAAUUUAACCCUCAAACUUGUCAGGGGUCCUCUCGCCUUCUGCCUAAUGUUUGCCACACUCAACCCAUGUACACUGUGUUAUUUAAAGUGUUACUGAAGGUGGGGCCACAAUGAAAAUACUUUAUUGACUACAUUAAGUAUCCAGGAGAACAAGUUCACUAGAUAAAUCGGUAUUUAAACCAUAUACAGUUUAAGGCAGAGUGCAUAGGCCUCCAACACAGCCCUGAGUGUCACAUUAAGGCAGAGGGAGGACCGUUGGUCUAUGUAUGUUUUGUUAGUUUGAUUGUUACAAUUACUUAUUAAUUUUCAAGUGAAUGUUUCCAUAAGAAUACAUUUAUGUUUGACACUUGCUGUUAAUAAAUGUUCCGUGGUUAUUUCUAUUAGGAUUUUUGUAUUAAAAGAUGCUGCAAUUUCCCGAAUUAUAUCUUUUAGUAGGGUUUAUAUCUGUAAUUUAAGUUUAUAAGUUUUUAAGUUUAUACAUGUGUGUUGCAUCACUAAUAAAGUCAUUUUUUACCAA